AUGCGGCAGAGGAGGUCGCCAGGACUCCUGGUCCUGGCCCUGGCCCUCGGCCUCUUCUCCCUCCAUGCGGCCUUCGUGGGCGUCCGCCCGAACACAGGUGCGCUGCGCGAGCGCCAUGUGCGCCGGGCCUCCUCCGACGAGGAAGAGGACGACAGCCUGGCGGAGUUCUACAUCCAGGACGUGUCGCCAGUGGGGCGGCAAGUGGUGAAGGUGUACCGUUACCUGAAGUCGAUAAAGGGCGAGCAGGAGGAGGAGAUCACCAAGGUCAUGGAUGCGCUGGACCCGGAGCAGAAGAAAAUGCUCAACAGCGUCCUCGUGGCGAGGCAGAAUCCUGACCGGCCCAUUGAGACCCCAGCGCCGGAGAACGGGGACUCACCGGAACGGCUGUACAAGAAGCUGCAGAUGCUCAAGGACGACAAUGAGGUGGUCAAGUGGCGCCUGGGCAUUGACCCCCUGCUGCUUCAGUCCAUCCAGAACGUGAUUGAGAAGGAGCAGAUGAAGCUUGCGGACGCUGAGGCGGCCAAGGACUUGGACGAUGCUUCGGACGCAGCAGAAGCCUGGCGCCUCUUCCAGGCGCAGUUUCCCAAAGCCGCUGAGAAGGAAAUCUACAUGACCACGCCCUGCCGUGAAGCGGACAUCAAGUACCGCUUCCGCCGGAUGAAAGAGGCCAUGAAGGUGGACUCGGCCACAGCGCUGGAAAUUUUGGGCCGCGACUCCACCCCCAUGUUUGUGGACCCCGACUUUGUCCGACGGACCUGGAAAGCCAUGGAAGAGGUGACUGGGCGCGAGGACGCGCUGGAGAACAUUGUCUUGAAGCAUCCCGGCUCCUUGGUCACUCAACCCCAGAAUGUGGAGGCAAAGAUCAACGAGAUCAAGACGGGCGCAGCUGUCAUUGGAGCCUUUUCCGACAUGGGCAAGUCCCUGCAGGGGAUGUUCAGAUGA